AUGUCGGCGCAGGAGACGAUCCCCGGGCAGAAGUUCUCGACGGCCGUCUUGAUGUCGUCCACCACAUCGAAGCCACGGACGGAGUUCUGGUUCGGCGCCGCGUCUUUCUCGGUCUGGAUGCUUCCGCUGGUGUCCAACAGGAGGGAGGCGUCGCAGCCCUAG